AUGCUGAGAAUCGAGUCCUUCGCGCCGCAGCACUCGUCGAACCUGGCACGGUCUCCUGCAAAAACCGGCCUGAAGGGCUUGCCGCCCUUGGACUGUAUUGCUGAUGCCUCGGUGGGCAGCAUUGACAAAGCAGACCGACAAGGCCCCGCCAACACGGCACGGGCGCUUGCUGCAUCGAACGUGCUGAGGCCGCCACUGAUGGAUGCGAUCAGGGUCCAGGUGCAGCUGAAGAUCCUGGAGCUCACUUCGCAACACGUGGCCACCACUGCCUGGGGUCCUGCCAAAGCAGUUCGUGCGAAUGCUCGGGUGAUAGAUGCGGCAACACUCGCCUCCUGGCGCCUCCUUGGGGAACUUGGCACGCAGGGUGUCGUGAAUAUCUUGUGGGCGGUCGCGAAGCUGUUGGUCGAAGGCAACGCACUGGCUGAUGCUCUCUCAGCCGCCGCCAGCGACCUGAUGGCCCAGAUGAGCCCAGUGGACUUGUCGAAUCUGUGCAACAUGCGCUCGACGAUGCAAGCCCGAUGCAAGCUAGCCUCGCAUGUUAGUUGCGACACUCGGGACUUCAAGCCGCAAUUUAACGAUGUGGCCUUUUGGCCGUCGAUGGCCAAAGCAGCGGUGCAGGUGCGUCUCGACUUACAAACAGUCGAACAGGCCUUGCCGGAGCAGGACUUCUUCAAGACCGCAUCUCCAUCCAAGUCGCCCCGUCUCGCGCACUGCGCCCGCAGCCAUCGGCUGAGGGCGGGGUUUGCAUGUGCCGCCCUCUCGGCCGCUGCGAGCUGCGUGUCCGGGAUCGUGGCCUUCAGUACCUGGGAGCCGGCCAUCAUCUUUCAGCAGUGGCACCGCGAUCAGAAGGAGUCGCCCUUCGCAGUUGUGCUCGAUGCAGGGAGCACCGGCACCCGCGUGCACAUCUACUGUUUCGCGGGAGGCGAUGUUUGUGCUGUCGGAAGCGAAGUUGUGAGGAAGACACGGCCCGGUCUCAACACUUGCUCGGAGCCAACGUGCUUGUCGUCACUCCUGCAGCCACUCCUCUCGGAAGUAACCCUGCGAGUGCCUCAGCAAUUUCUCUCCACAACCCCUUUGGCAGUCCGGGCAACAGCAGGUUUCCGGCUUUUGGAUCCUGUCCAAGUCGACUUCCUCCUGGAUGGGAUCCAAGACCUCGUUCGGGAGCAUGCCCUUCUGAACUCUACGGUCGAGGUGAUGGGCGGCGAUGACGAGGGCUGCCUGCAAUGGAUUGCGGUGAACAGCUUGCUGGGAGCUUUCGAAAAGGAUGGCGCGCCAGCCGCCGUGUUCGAGUUGGGAGGGGCGUCAGCUCAGAUGACAUAUGCCGUCCAACCCUUCCGGCUUGCGAGAGUAACCCAAGAGCUCCAAGCCGCCUACAUCCGCGAGCUUCGUCCUGCAGGCUCAGCGGCCUCCAUCCCCAUCUACCAGCACAGCUAUCUUGGUUAUGGGAUCCUGGCCAUCCGAGCGAAGAUGUUUGAGGAGGCUACCGCGCUCCAGGCAUCUGACAAAAACCCGUGCCUACCGACGUUUUUCGACAUGGAGUACACCUCCAUGCAGCAGACUUUCAGAGGCCGCGGUGCUGCAGACCAAGCUAGAUGCGCAGAGCUCUUCAGGAGGAUCCUGCAGCCUGGUUUGUCGUGCUCGCAGGAGACGGCACCUGAAGACGUUCAUUGCGCCUUCGGGGGAGCCUGGCCGGGCCCAGGCUACAAGUCCUCCCUGGCCACUGGCGGCCGCCCAAAGCUCGUGGCUUGCUCUUUCUUCUUCUGGUGCCUGCAGGAUGUCGGCAUCAUACCGUCGAACGAAUCCCAUGCCGAAGUGACCCCUCAGGUGUACUUCGAACAAGCGCAAAAGGCGUGCAACCUGACAGCAUCCGACCUGGACAAUGCUUAUCCAGGUUUGAGUGCAGAUCGGGCGGCGUGGUUGUGCUCAGAGCUAACGUACGUCUAUGUCCUGCUCACCUUUGGAUUUGGCGUGGAGGCAGAUGCCAAUAUGCUGACUCUGAAGGAGAUGGAUGGGCCCGUCGGGCGCUUUGAGGCAAGCUGGACCCUCGGUCUCGCCUUAGAGCUCUCUCGAGGUCGCAUGAGGCCGCGGUUUGGAUCCCAGGAUCUUUCCAUCACCGCCUGGGCGUUCACGAAGCCUGCCGUUGAAGGCGACGCCUUCUACCAGGCCGUGGCAGAAGCCUCCACUGCAGUGGCCUUGGGUGCGAAGAUCAAGGAGAUGCGGCCACAGCCAUACAGGCAGGAAGCACAGAGCCCGACAGGUCAUGCCACAUUCAAUGCUACCGAUGAACCUUUGACGAAGAGCACAGCCGAAGAAGCCAUCGUCAAAGCAAGUCUUGCAUUCAGAUAUUUGCACCAGCUAGACCACGCAGACGGCAAAUAUGUCGGAUAUGGACAGAAUAUGGACCGGCACUGGGGAGGACUGCCAUCCUUCCCGAAGACGGGCUUCGCAGCACAUGCAGAACUGAAGUGGCUUGGCAUCGUCGAUCGGCCGUUGCUGGCAGCUGCCUCUGCAGCAGCGAUUGCCAAGGUUCGAGAACUCAACCCACAAGAUCUCGCCGUCACUGCAUUGGCGCUUGCCCGCCUUGAAGUUCACGAUGCGAAUCCCAUGGCCGCGGCUUCAUCCGAGGAGGCAUGCCACAUCUCGCCAAGCACAGCGCAUGCGCCUCAGCUUCUGCCGUGGAAGUUUGACACAGCUGGCGAGCAUUUUCAGUUUGCCGUUUGUGGAGUGCACUGCCUGAUCGAAGGGGAUCUAGAUGAAACAGCUCUAGAAGUUGGAACCGACAAUACGCAAAAGUCGAAUGCAGUCUGGGGCUUCGCGACGGUCGGUGCAACCGAUGAGUCUUGCUUGGAGGCCACAGGCAGCCACUUCGCUGCGAAUCUCCACGGCUGUGAACCGCAAGCGCUGGCAAACAGAGCUCGGGGGUUCACCACUCCGGGACCUUUGCGUCAGCCCGUGUUUGCAGCCACUGCAUGUGAAGCUUACGUCGCCCUCCCGCAGCUUUCAGGCCAGGGUCCUGCCAACCUGGUCUGGGGACUUUCGACUCUGGGAUUGGUGGGGCAGCCUCUGAUUGCUGCUGCGGCCAACCAGGUGGAGAAGAUUGCCGAGUUCCAGAGCCAAAACAUCUCCAACAUCGCGCGGUCUAUUGCGACUCCGGAGCUCAGAUGGCCGUCUUCGACCCAUGCGACAGUGGCCGAAUGCCGGCGCAAGGUGUCGGUGCUAAGCUGCCAAGACCUGGCAAAUGCGGCGCGAUGCCUCGCCAGACUCGGAGCGACUGAUCUACAACUGCCAGCUGCAUCGAUCUUUCUUUCCAGUGCCGCAUUGGUAUCGACGCCCAGGUCGGCCAGACGGAAAGCACUUGGCCGCAGAUUCAGAUGUGCUGCACUGCCGGGCAAAUUCACGGGUUUCACCAACCUUCUGGUCGAUGCAGACGUGCACAGCAUCGACCAUAUCCGGGAUGCCAUCUGUGAGCUGGAGAAGAUGAAGCAGGUGGUGCAUACAACAAUUUUUGCAGAACCCGGCCGCAAUUCCAACAAGCGAUGGAAUGAGUUAUUCCAGGACAAGCGAAUACUUUUUCGCCCGGUCCCGCGAGACAAGAGCAAAGUCAAAGAAGCAAAUGAUGACAUCAUAAUCCAAACACUUACGACUUGCGACGACGCCCCGAGCUUUGCGCUCCUGGCUUCUGAUUUCGACUUCGUGGAUGCGAUUAAGCGGGCCGCGGACCGCGGCAAGCAGGUUUUUCUGUUCAUCCCAUCCAACAAAGUAGGGGUAAUCAGGCAGUAUCUGGAUGCGGGGGUUCACGUCCACGAGCUGAAGUCCCACUCGGAGUUGCCGAAAGUCAGAGCAGUUCUUUAUGCAGACGGUAGGGGGGCCGUGGAAGUGGGUGGUCCGUGGUUCCUUCCGCAGAAUGCCGAUUCGGAAAGUACGUGUGAACGAUUUUUGAUGAACCUCGGAUACAUGAAAGAAGCGCGCAGGGAGUUCAUUGGGCCGGCUGCGGCGAAGUUCUGGCUCACGAAUGAGCUGGGGGGAUCAAUUACUGUGUUUCCGCGAGAACUUUGCGUGCAAAGGGUUUGUCAGCUUAUCGAGCAGCACAGCGCGAAGAAUUUGCGGCGAUGUACCGAAGACAUGGCUUUUUUCCUUCCUACAUCUGCUCAUGGAAAGCCCAGCGGAGGGCAGUUGGCCAAAUUCGGCACAGCUGUAGCUAGAACAGUCUUCAGAGGAGGAGGACCUUUCAUGCUGCAAGACUCAUCAAGCCUUGUCAGGCGAGCCCUGGAAAAGCUAGGAUACAUCGACGGAGAUCUGAAUUCGGAUAUGCUAGAGGCAAUGCUUGUGUUCGUGAAUGCCCCUGGGAACCAUCACCGCUUGCGAAAACGGUUGAAGUCUUUGCCCAGCUUUGAUGAUGCAGCUGCAGACGUGGAGGAGAAGCUCAGGCACGCAUUUCUGUCACACCUGACAGACGGCAUGUGGCGGAUAUCGCCCCGUGAUGACAGCGUCAGAGCACGUCUUUGCAAGCGGGGAUUCUUGGCCACUGCUGCCGCUCCAAAGCAGGAUGUGUUUCGAGCGAUGGUUGACUACGCCAAGAAGAACCAUCUGCCAGAGAUGAAGACCUACAACGGUUAUAUUUUUCGCAUCCUUCGUGCGCAGGAGAACAACCCGGAAGAGACUGGCACAAUCGAGCUGAGGCGCUGA